GUGGUUUUAUAAAUCACCUGGCUUCUAUACUUGGCUUUAAUUGCGUAAGAUAAUUGUCAGGUGAAGAAGACAAAAACAAUUCCACAUUUAUUUGGUUCAAAAGGUGGAAAAUGGAAAAAAACGGUGAAGAUAUAGCUAUUAUCGGAAUAGGGUGUAACUUUCCUGGAGGCGAAGGCAUUGAUAAUUUCUGGAAAGUUCUUCUUCAGGGAAGGAACUGUGUGGUUGACAUUCCACCAAAUCGGUUCGAUACGACAUUCUGGUAUAACUCUGAUGGCAACAAAGCAGGGAAAAUGAUCACAAAACGAGCAAGUUUAAUCGAAGGGUUUAAUGAAUUUGAUCACAACCUCUUUGACAUAAGGCAAAUCGAAGCCAAUAGUAUGGACCCACAACAUAAACUUCUGUUGGAGUGCACAUACAAAGUGUUUGAAAAUGCAGGAAUUCCUAUGGAAGAAAUCAGUGGGAGUAAAACGGGUGUUUUCAUUGGGCUCAUGAAUCGUGAUUACGAGGGGAUUUCAAAUAACAUUGCCAAAAAUAUCACCCAUUAUAAUGGGACAGGAUCAGCAAUGAGCAUAGCAGCAAACAGGAUUUCUUUUGCUUUCAACCUUACUGGACCAUCAUUGGCUAUUGAUACAGCAUGUUCUUCAUCACUUGUGGCUUUACAUUAUGCUGCUCAAGCCAUCAAGCAAGGUGAUUGUGAGAUGGCAGUUUGCGGGGGAGCGAGCUGCAUCAUUGAACCAAGAAUCAACGUGGCUCUGAGCAAGGCACAAAUGAUAUCUCCAGAUGGAAUGAGCAAGCCAUUUUCCAUCAAAGCCAAUGGAUACGGCAGAGGAGAAGGUUGUGGAGUUUUGCUGCUCAAACCACUAGCAAAGGCUCAGAAAGAUCAUGACCAUAUUUGGGGUGUAAUAGUCUGUAGUGCAAUUAAUCAAGAUGGAAGAGCAGUCACGCCCAUCACCAGACCUUCCCAGAAGCAGCAAGAAGAGUUAUUGAGAAGUAUUUAUCUCAGAAAUGUUGACCCAUCACAGAUUCAGUACAUGGAGGCCCAUGGAACCGGAACACCAGCUGGUGAUCCGACUGAAGCAGCCAGCAUAUCAAAUGUUAUUGCACAAUCUAGGCAUUCAGAUUUCCCUCCACUUACAAUGGGUUCUGUCAAAGGAAACAUUGGCCACACGGAGUCGGCUGCGGGAGCUGCAGGAUUAAUUAAAGUUCUCCUCAUGAUGCAUCAUGGAAAAAUUGUAUCAUCCCUCCACUACUCAGAGGAGAACUCAAGCAUCAAUGCAAAAGCUUUGAAUCUACAUAUUCCAACUGCUGUGAAAAACUGGGAAGAAAACGGGGAGAAAGAAAAGAUGGCAGGAAUCAACUCAUUUGGAUUUGGAGGGACAAAUGCUCAUGUAGUCAUAAGGCAGUUGAAGCGAGAAUCUGUUCCUAACUCUGUACAAAAACCACUAGAAAUAUUUGUGCUUUCUGCUGCCUCCCAGAAUUCAGUUAGAAUGAUGAUAAAGGACACAAGCAACCAAAUAAGGGAAAGCGAAGACCUAAUUCUCCAGAACCUGGCAUAUACAUCUGCUUGUAGAAGAAGCCAUAAGAAUUACAGAUACAGGAAAGCAUUUAAAGCUUCUUCCCUUGAGCAUCUCCAACAGCAGCUUAGAUCAGCUGCAGAUACUGAAGUGGCUCAGAUCAAGUCUGAUGUAAACGUGAUAUUUGUGUUUUGCGGUAAUGGUGUUUUAUAUCAAGGAAUGUGCAAACAACUUUUACAAAUAGAACCAAGGUUCAGAACACAGAUUGAGGAGAUAGAAAAAAUACUCCAACAAUACACAGACAUCAACUUAAUACAUUUAAUUGAGAAUGACUGCGAUAACCUUACAAAACCAGACAUAGCACAGCCACUGCUUUUUGUCAUUCAGGUAGCAGUCGUGAAUCUUUUGAAGUUCUGGGGUAUUCAGCCUGACAUUAUCAUUGGCCACUCAGUUGGGGAAGUUGCUGCUGUAUAUUGUGCUGGGAUACUUUCACUCCAAGAUGCUGUCAAGGUGCUUUACCACAGAAGUGCAUUGCAAUCAACGGUAACAGGAGGGAAAAUGCUGGUCGUUAGUAAUUUACCUGUGUCAAAAGUGUCAGACAAACUCGAUUCAUAUUCAGGGAGACUCUGCAUUGCUGCAUUCAAUAGUCCCUCAUCAUGUACAGUUUCAGGUGACGAUAAUGCUAUUGACAAAUUGCGCACAGAUUUGCACAGUUCAUUUGGAGAUAAAAAUGUAUUCCUUCACAUUUUGGAUGUGCCUGCAGCAUAUCAUAGUCACUUGAUGGAACCUAUCCUAAACGAAGUGGAAGAGAGGAUUGGUAAAUUACAGAAACAUGAAACAAAAAUUAAAGUAAUUUCCACUGUCACUGGACAAUUGGUUUCAGGAAAUGAUUGUGUGACAGGGACGUAUUGGUCUAGAAAUAUUGAAAAUCCUGUUCUUUUUGAACAAGCUGUUAGAACCGCUGUUGCAGAGGUUAAAAAUGCAGUGUUUAUUGAAAUUGGACCAAGAAGGGCCUUACAAAGGUACAUUAAAGAAAUUGUAGGAAAUGAGACUCAGGUUUUCCCUGCAAUGCAGCCAGAAAGAGAUUAUGAAACUAUGCUUUCAGUUUUAUCAGGGGUGUUUGAAAUGGGUUACAAUCCUAAUUGGCAAAACAUCUUCAGAGAACACAAGGGUGUUCCAACAUUGUGUCCAUGUUAUAAGUUUGACCACACUCAGCUUAACAUCAAUUUUGAAGAUUUUAGGCAAGGUAAUGAGAAUGCAUCAUCUGUAACACAUCCACUUCUUAGCAGUUCAAACAAAGAUGGCAAGGAGUACAAUUACAACCUAACACUAACAACCGCCCCAUACCUGCUGGAGCACAAAAACAAUGAAGUACCUAUAUUACCUGGUUCUAUGUAUGUUGAACUUGCAUUAGCAUCUGCCUUGGCAAGCAUUAAACCAAAGGUACCUCUCGGGUUCUGCCAAAUGAAUAUUACUUUCUUGAAUCCUUGCAUUGUACAGCCAAACUCGACUGAACUAAAGGUCAAAAUUAACAGUAAAGAUAAAAUAACUGAAUUUACUGUUAUGGCAGCAACUGUUUCUUAUGCAAAAGGAGAGGUUUGUCAAAAUAUGGAAUGCAUUGUGGAAGAAAAUAUUAUUUCCCUUGAACAUGUUUUGCAAAGAGCCAAUGAAAGCAUAAAGGCAGAAGUUAUCUAUGAAACAAUCGCAUCUUUAGGCUUCCAGUAUGCUUCAGUCUUCAGAAACCUCAGAGAAGUGUUCUAUUCACAUGAACUCAAGGAAGCUAUAACAUAUAUCAAGGUACCAGAUGAACUUGUAAUGCAGAUGCAUGAAUACUGCAUUCAUCCAGUUAUUUUAGAUUACUACAUGCAAAUGUGUGCUGUUCUGGCAAUGCAAAUGUCAAACCUGAGACCAGGGUUCCCAACUUCCAUCGGGAGUUUGAUAGUAUGUCAACCAAUGCAGCAGGAAAUGAUGUUAUACGUAAGGACUUAUAAAAAUACUGCAGAAUAUUUUGAGGUCUCUGGGGCAUUUACAGAUACAAAGGGCAUAGUCAUUGCAGAGUUAAAAAAUGUCAGAAUUACGUUUCUUGGUCAAGACAAUUCUACAGAAUUCAAUAAUUUCUCCUUUGAAAAUACUUGGGAGGAAAUCGAUAACCUUGCCAAAGAUAGUCCUUCUGCACCUAAAGCAUUGGUAUUUGCAGAUAACGUUGGAGUUGCCAAAGUUCUGCAAAGGCACUUGCAUAGGCAGUCCUCAUAUAUUCCUUAUCAGGAUCCAUCCACCUUGAUGGACAGAGAAGUUGCACAGAUUCUACGACAGCACAAUGUGACAGAUUUGACCUACUUCGAUGAAGUGUUGUUCUUAUGGGGAAUGAAAAACCUAACUGGCCAUAAUAGCGAAGUAGUGGUGAAUCACAUCAGCGGCUGCUGUGAGGUUUAUCGACAAAUCCUGCAACUGGUUCAAGGGGGAAAAUCCUCAAAAUCUGUCAGAAUAGUCACCUUUCGGACAUCAGAAAAAGCAGUGGAUCAAAUCACUGCAGGUUUUGCCUUGUGGGGAAUGACCAGAUCGUGUCUUCUAGAGCUUCAAGAGGUUUCUCUUCAGCUGAUUGACAUUGGCUCUACCAGUGAGAUGGAUAUUACAGCAUUAGCUCACACAAUCAGCCUGCCUCAUAAUUACCCUGAAGUAAUGAUUCAAUUCGGAAAGAUCCAUAUUUCACGAGUCAGACGAGCAGCCAAUAUAAGUUCCAACGGUAUUCACAACAUGGCACCUUAUUCUGGUUGUGGAGAUAUUAUUUUCCAGACAAUGAAUCCCUACAAAGUUGUAGAUUUCCAUGCAAAGCCACAAGAAAGAAGAUUGAAUGAACCUACAAACCAAACAGUGCAUGUUAAAAUCGAUGCAAUGUGCAUUCAUUCUUCAGAUUACUUUCCAGUCAGUGUCUCUGCUGUGAAAUUUGGACAGACACUGUAUUGGAACACAACCAACACUCAAGGACAUGAGCUAAUUGCUGUAGACUUCAGUGGUACAAUCACAUCAGUUAGCAAUGAUGUAAAAUCCUGUAAUGUAGGAGAUCAUGUUGUUGUAUGCUAUCCCGUUGCUGCACAUUCGACCGUCAGUCUCCCUGCAUCCGUGUGUUUCAAAAGCAGCAACAUUCCACUACUAAAGCAAACGCCCUGCGUUUCAUACUUUACAAUUGCCUGGGAAAUACUCUGUAACAUUUUGCCUCAAGUUAAACAUCACAAAUAUUUGGCAAUUCAUUCCUCAGCACCAGAAUCUUGCUUCAGGAAAGUGCUGUCCCUAGCAGCUACUUCAGUGGGCUGGCAAGUACAGGUUCAAUCAGAGCUUAAUGACUUUCCACAAGCUUUUCUUAGUUCUGAUGCAUUGCUUUUCCUGCCACCCAUUAAAACAAGCCUCAUCAAGAAGAUUGUUAACAAUUGUUCUGCUAAGCAUGUUAUUGUUCUCGUUGAUAACAGCCAAGUAUUUGAAAUUUCUCAGAACAUGCUUGGUUACGAAAAGGAUAAUGUUCAAAUUCACUUUUUGCAGGUAGCCAACAUACUUAAAACGUGGUAUCUUAAAAAAUCGGCAGACAGUGUUUACAAGUGGAUGAAAUCAUUGCGCUUAAAGAGCAAGCAGCAUGAUUUUCCAAGGAUUAACUUUCACUCACUGAUGUCUGAUAUGGAUGAAUGUAGGAAAGAGUCCUACCUCACUAGUGAAGCUGUCUCAGUUGUGGAUCUGAAUGCAAAUGCAUUAAAUAGUAAGAUUUCAGAGAUACCAGUGUACAACUGUCAAAAACAACUAUUUAGUAGAGAUGCUGCUUAUAUAGUUACAGGGGGACUUUCAGGGCUUGGCUUGCAGACAGUACAUUUUAUUGCUGAACAUGGUGGAGGAGUUGUCAUUGUUCUGUCAAGACGCUCCCCAUGUACCGAGAAGAAAGAAGAAUUCAAAAAUAUUUGGAACCAGUUUGGGACAACUGUAGUCAGUGUUCCCUGUGACAUCUCAAAACAGUCAAAUGUUGAGUUGGCGAUCAAUCAGUUUUGUUACUCCUUCCCAAAGAUUCCAAUUAAAGGAGUGUUUCACAGUGCCGUUGUAUUACACGAUGCCCUUCUUCAAAGUCUAAAUAGGUCCUUAUUUGAUAAGGUUUUAGCUCCCAAAAUUGCAGGAGUUCUGAAUCUUCACAAUACAACAAAAUCCUUCCAAUUGGACUAUUUUGUGUGCUACUCGUCAAUUGCAUCAUUCAUUGGGAAUCCUGCCCAAGCAAACUACUCUGCAGCAAACUCUUUUCUUGAUUUCUUUGUGCAUUACAGGAGAAAUCACGGACUAGCAGGGCAGUCUAUAAACUGGGGUGCACUCAAUCUUGGACUAUUACUCAACAAGGUUGACAUCCAAAGAUUUCUGGAAUCAAACGGAAUAAUGAUUUUGGAAAUUUCGGAAAUUAAAAAAUGUCUUGAGCAAACCCUGGAACUAAACAAUCCGCAGCAAGCUAUCUGUAAAUUUAAUUUCUCCACUUUAUACCAUAAUGUAGUUUCUCAGAACCCUGCAAUCAGAGCACGAAUUGGUUCACUUGUGGAACAUGAAAACAAUAAAGCACAUAUUAGUCCAAAGCAUGUUUUAUCCACUAAUUCACCAAUGAUCCCUGAGCAGUAUAUCAUUGCAUUGUUGAGUGAAGUCAGCGAUGCUGAUCCUACAAAGUUUACAAAAGAAACUUACCUGUCCAGCUUUGGCCUUGAUUCCAUGCUGAGUAUGACGGUGCAAAAUCGUAUUUAUCUGGAAAUAAAUAUUAAUUUGCCACUCGUGACAUUUCUGGAUCCAAAUACAACAGUAGGUACUGUAGUGUCACUGCUUGAAAAGCAAAACCCUGUACAGCCACAAGUUAGCGAAACAAAUCUGCUACAGUACCAAUCUUUGACUGCUGAGUCUGAUGAAAACACUGUAUUCUAAUUACAAAUAUUUGCACUAAUGAAGCAGAAAUUAAAUUUCCACAUGUAGAAAAUAGUUUUUUUUUGGACAUUUUUACCAUCAGGAAAGCUGUUCUGAAUGUAGAAACAAAGAACUGCAGAUGCCGGUUUAUAUCAAAGAUAGUGCUGGAAUAACUCAGCGGGUCAGGCAACAUCUCUGGGGAAAAGGGUUAGGUGACCUUUCGGGUCGGGACCCUUCUUUAGACUGAAAGUGUGUGUCUAUCUUCGUUCUGAAUGUUGCCCAUAGUACAUUGUAACGAUGAAUCAAAUUAUGUUAAUUCUCUAAUUCUGAAUGCUUUUCUGUUGCUAUCUGCAAUGCCUCUAGCUGAUAUUUUUAAACAAUGACAUUUAUUUAAAUAUGAUGUAUAUGUGUUUAUAUAUGUACUCGUACUGCUCUACAAUGUAAUAAAAAUACUUAUUAAUUAUGAAUUCCAAAUUUGUAGUAUACUGAGAAUCCAUGGCCCCAGUCAUCCCCACUGCAAUUCUUUACUAGCAUCAAUAUUUCUCUGGAGUUUAGGUUAGAUUUAUUAUUAUCACAUACAGUGAAAAAGUUUGUUUUGUGUGCUAUCAUAGAAACAUAGAAAAAUAUGAUAUGUGCAGGAGUAGGCCAUUCGGCCCUUCAAGCCAGCACCGCCAUUCAAUAUGAUCAUGGCUGAUCAUUUAAAAUCAGUACCCCGUUCCUGCCUUCUCCCCAUAUCCCUUGAUUCCUUUAGCCCUAAGAGCUAAAUCUAACUCUCUAAAUCUAAAUCUAAAUCUGUAGUGUAUAUAAUAGUAAUGGUAACUUUAAGUACUGAGUACUAGAAUGGUAUGAUUUGAGUCGUGAUAUAUUCAAUAUCUUAUCAGCCUCGUGAAUAUGUGUGAGUAUGCGCAGUGUACUUUCGUGAAAUAAAGAAGACCCACACUGGCAACAGUGUGUACUGAAAA